UAUUUUUCCUCUAAUUUGGUUGACAUAUUCACGCAGCCCAGACCCCCAGUUUCUAGGUUAAGAAGCAAGCAGUCAGAGCAUACUGUAUUUUUUCAAGUCAUGUCCUCCCCUCUUAGGUCAACUGGUCUCUGGCACCCACCACUACUGCCUCCUAUCUAACCCAAACCCUGCUUGUAAGGAGCGCCCUGAUGGAGCGCACACAGGUUCCACGGAACGGCUCCGCAUUCGUGGAUGUGCACAAGUGCUUAAAUAUGUACACUCGGAUGUUUGUGUGUGGCGCGUGUAUGUGCGCGCGGGUGUGUGGUGGGGGCGGGCUCUGCGCCCAGGGGCAGGGCUCCGCAGUGAGAGUGGCAGCUGGACUUGGAUGCUGCUGGGGACAGGGUGCAGAACCGCAGUGCUAUAGUAGCAGGCAGUAGAAGCAGACUGCUCUCCCCGCGGAACCCAGCGGAUCCCGAGCUGCCCACCCUCCGCUGGCCGCCGGAUCUGCGCGGCGCGCACCCGGGCCUCCAUCCCCCACCCCAGAGAGGGCUGUGCCUCGGGAAGACACCCGGACGCCCGCGUCGGUCCCCUUGGUGUCUCUGUUCCUCUUUCCUCCCAAGUAAAGGAAUAAGCAGCGAGGAAGGAGCGCCCCCAGCAACGGCGCAACCAAGUGUUGCUUGGUGAGGCAUUGUCAGGAUUUCGGGACUGGUGUGGACUACAACAGGAGAAUGUUGCCCGAGGAAUAGCAGAGGUCUUUUCUCAGCUGCACAGAGGUGCCCACAACUGACACUGACACUUAUGUCCCAGAGAAGUCUCCCAAAGGCCUGAUCCAUGGCAUGCCUGUAAUGAGCCAGGCUCUGGGCUGGGCCUGGGCUUCUCCCUGGUGAACAAAACUCCAUCUCUGGCCUCAAGGCACUCACACUCAGCUGAAAGAUGAGUGAAGAACGAUGGGUCUCUCUCACUUCGGAAGAAUUUGAUCAACUCCAGAAAUACUCUGAAUAUUCGUCAAAGAAGAUAAAGGAUGUAUUGACUGAAUUUAAUGGGGGUGGAAGCCUCAAGCAGUAUGACCCACAUGAGCCCAUUAGCUAUGAUGUCUUCAAGCUGUUCAUGAGGGCAUACCUGGAGGUGGACCUUCCUCAGCCACUGAGCUCACACCUCUUCCUGGCCUUCAGCCAGAAGCCCAGACAGGAGACACCUGACCACCCAAAGGAGGGGGCCAGCAGUAGUGAGCCCAAUGUCUCAGAUUCUAAAGUACAAAGUGCAGAUAAUGCUGCCAAAGCAGAUGAGGCCUGUGCUCUGGGUACUGAAUCAAAGGUGGCGAAGAAGCAAGAAACAGCUAAAGACCUAGUGGCUGCAGCCCCAUGGGGAGCCCCUGAUGCCCGGUCUUCAAUCUCAGAUCCCCCCAUAGUGUACCUGAAGGACAUUGUGUGUUACUUGUCCUUGCUAGAGACUGGGAGACCUCAGGACAAGCUAGAAUUCAUGUUUCGUCUCUAUGAUUCGGAUGAGAAUGGACUCCUGGACCAGGCGGAGAUGGAUCGUAUUAUGAACCAAAUGCUGCAUAUUGCCCAGUACCUGGAGUGGGAUCCCACAGAGCUAAGGCCUAUAUUGAAGGAGAUGUUGCAAGGGAUGGACUACGAUCAGGACGGCUUUGUGUCCCUACAGGAGUGGGUCCAUGGGGGAAUGACCACCAUCCCACUGCUGGUUCUCCUGGGAAUGGAUGACUCUGGUUCCCAGGGGGACGGGAGGCAUGCCUGGACCCUGAAGCAUUUCAAGAAGCCCACCUACUGCAACUUCUGCCAUCUCAUGCUGAUGGGUGUUCGAAAGCAAGGCCUAUGCUGCACUUACUGCAAAUACACUGUCCAUGAACGCUGUGUAUCCAAAAGCAUUCCUGGAUGUGUUAAAACAUACUCAAAAGCCAAAAGGAGUGGCGAGGUGAUGCAGCACGCGUGGGUGGAAGGGAACUCCUCCGUCAAGUGUGACCGGUGCCAUAAAAGUAUCAAGUGCUACCAGAGUGUCACCGCGCGGCACUGCGUGUGGUGCCGGAUGACGUUUCACCGCAAAUGUGAAUUAUCGACACUGUGUGAUGGUGGGGAACUCAAAGACCAUAUUUUGCUGCCUACCUCCAUAUGCCCUAUUACCAGAGACAGGCAAGGUGGGAAGUCUGAUGGCAGCGUGGCAACCAUGGGUGAACUUGUAAUGCAGUAUAAGAUCAUCCCCAACCCCGGAACUCAUCCCCUGCUGGUCUUGGUGAACCCCAAGAGUGGAGGGAGACAAGGAGAAAGAAUUCUUCGGAAAUUCCACUACCUGCUCAACCCCAAACAAGUUUUCAACCUGGACAAUGGGGGGCCUACCCCAGGAUUGAACUUUUUCUAUGAUACCCCAGACUUCCGAGUUCUCGCCUGUGGAGGAGAUGGAACAGUUGGCUGGAUUUUGGAUUGCAUUGAUAAGGCCAACUUCGCAAAGCAUCCACCAGUGGCUGUGCUGCCUCUUGGAACAGGAAAUGACCUUGCCCGGUGUCUCCGCUGGGGAGGAGGUUACGAAGGGGGCAGUUUGACAAAAAUCCUGAAGGACAUCGAGCAGAGCCCCUUGGUGAUGCUGGACCGUUGGUAUCUAGAAGUCAUCCCCAGAGAAGAGAUGGAAAAUGGAGACCAGGUCCCAUACAGCAUCAUGAACAACUAUUUCUCCAUUGGUGUGGAUGCUUCCAUUGCACACAGAUUCCAUAUGAUGAGAGAGAAACACCCUGAAAAAUUCAACAGCAGGAUGAAGAACAAGCUGUGGUAUUUUGAAUUUGGUACCUCGGAGACCUUUGCAGCCACUUGCAAGAAACUCCAUGACCACAUAGAGUUGGAGUGUGACGGAGUUGAAGUGGACCUGAGCAACAUCUUCCUGGAAGGCAUUGCCAUUCUUAACAUUCCCAGCAUGUACGGAGGCACCAAUCUCUGGGGAGAAACCAAGAAGAACCGGGCUGUGAUCCGGGAAAGUAGGAAGAGUGUCACAGACCCAAAGGAACUGAAAUUCUGUGUCCAAGACCUCAGUGACCAGCUCCUUGAAGUGGUGGGGCUAGAGGGAGCUAUGGAGAUGGGGCAGAUCUACACCGGCCUGAAGAGUGCGGGCAGGAGGCUGGCCCAGUGCUCCUGUGUUACCAUCAGGACUAACAAGCUGCUGCCGAUGCAAGUAGAUGGAGAGCCCUGGAUGCAGCCAUGUUGCACGAUUAAAAUCACUCACAAGAAUCAAGCGCCCAUGAUGAUGGGGCCUCCCCAGAAGAGCAGCUUCUUUUCACUGAGGAGGAAAAGCCAUUCAAAAGACUAAACUGUGUGCCAAACACCAGCUAAACCAAGGAAGAAAACAAGAAUCUUUACACACACACACACACAUACACACACACACACACACACACACACACACACACACUCACUCACUCACUCUUCUGUAACCAGUGGUAGCAAAAUCACUUUUCCAGAGGAAAAUUUAACCUUGCCAUACAGUCUACCUAUUUAGAAAAUGGAUCCACUCCUAACAGAGCCAAUGACCAGGAAAUAUUUUGAAUGGACUCAGGGCCCACCAAGAUGGGUUGGUUCAUACAGCAACUCCCACAUUCCCAGUCACCUUGGGUAGACUCUCUGAGCCUGAAGGAAAACUCCCUUUCUCUUUACCACUCCUGUAAGGUUCCUCACCGAUGUUUGUGAGGAGCAGACUUUAGGUUUCCUGCCUACAGUGAGAUCGGAUGUGGUCAAGGAAAGAGCUCUGAUCCAGAAAAUUUGCACAAAAGUCCUUCUGUAUGGAGACAAAACAGCCUCCAGCUCUCCACGCAAAGCCCUUGGCAGCGCUCUGCAAGCCCACGAGGGUUUCCUCGCUGUCCUUCAAGCAACAGCUCCUCCCCAGCUUGCUGAGAAGGCCAAAAAGCUGUGGAAAGCUGUUUCCAUUCUUGGUCUUCUAUGCAGUCAGUAAGCACUUGUUCCUCUCCUGACGUGCCUCUUGGUGGCUGUUUGUUUGGAGACAGUUCCAAGAGUCCCUAGAGCUGCUUGCACAACACACCUUAGAUGUGGUAUUUAUUUUCUUAGCUCUAUGAACACCUGGGAGGGAAAGCUGAGAAACCGGGCUUUAUUUUUCAAAUUGGUGUCACAAUAUUGUGUAAAAAAGAGAAGGAAAAAGAAAAAAACCUCUACUCUUCCCACACCCUAACCCUACCACACAAGCCAAAUGGUGUCUCUUGUUUGAAUUCCAAGCCCUGGUGGAAAACUAUCCCAAAGACACAAGCAUGGAAUGGAGGGACUUUGCUAAGGAAACCAGAAGAUAGUCUACCAGGGGAUUCUUUCUGCUUUUUGCACUUUGCACUCUCAAGAGUGUGACUGAAGGACCCUCUGAUGGUCUUACAUAUGUACAUAUGUAGCAUAUAGAUUUAUAUAUAAUAUAUAAAUAUUUAUUUACUGCUGGACUUCUGAUUAGAAGUAAACAUGGGUAGUAUGGGAACAGAAAGUGGGAAAGAAAAAGAAGGUUUUCACUGCCCCACACCUCCAUUUCAUUGUAAAGACACAUUUCCCCAUGCUGGUAAUAAGAUUUAAGAGGAUUCUGGGUGUUCACAACAGCCAUGAAAUAUGCUACACAGGAUUUAUUUUCCCAUUUAUUGAUAAGGAAGCUAAGUUGUAGAGAACUAAAGAGACUUGACUAAUGUGGUUUGACUGUGUCACUGAGAAGAUGGUAAAUAGACAAAACAACCCACACAUCUAGGAACAGAGUCAUUUCUAGUCACCGAGAAGUAAUUGUACUUAGAUCCAAGUGGCCAGAGUGGAACAAGCGUGCAGCAUAUAUGUGGGCAUCCCCACACAAAGCAGUGGCUUCUCUGACCUGGAAAAAAGUUGGCCUGAGGCUGAGCUCACCAGACAGAUCAUCUUAUUGAACCCAUGUCACCUCAUCAUGGUUACCAGAGAGAGCCUCUUUGGAAACACUCCUGGCUACAGGGUGACCUCAGUGAAGAGGCACCUUCUGUAGGGUGCUGUCAGCCAGGACAGGCUUGUAGGCCUCACUGAGCUGGUGCCAGCAUUCCCCUUCACUCACACUGGGCAACUGUACAUAGAGCAUUACUGGCAAAAAAACAACCUUUCCCAGCUCUCUGGCUCACAUGGACAUUCAUCUCUGGCUCACAUUCCUCAAAAGGAAACCUGAGCCCAAUUGACAUCACCCCACUGAGCUUCCUCUAAUCUUGCAAUGACAAUGAAGGGAAUAUGAAGAAUGGGUACAAAUCGAACAAACUGUGGAAGGAAGCAAUUCUUUAAGAUCAUCAAGGACUGAGACCUGAGACCAUACUGCUCAACCCAACAUGUAGAAUACUUCCGUUUGAAGAGCAUACUGAUGGGAUGCUUGGUGAUGGGUCAGACAAGCUCUAGAAUGACAGCAGGUACUAUCUUGGAAGCCGCUUGAUUCUGAAACUGAGGCAGGUUCAGGCUCAGAGUCACUAAUUCUAAGACAUUUGCAAAAAUGUUUGCAUGUGUUUCAGCCCUGAUUCCUCAGGUUUAUGGGUGUUGAGACAGCAUCAUCAACAGGUGAAAUGGGUUCUUAGAAACUUCAAGUCUCACGAAGGGGCCCCACAGAGGCUGAAUGUUGCCUGAAAGACAUAAAGACAUACCCUCAAUCCUUUUUAGAGGCACUGAUCAUAACAAACUUCAUGGAAUUGCACUUCUGAUUUGGUAAUCUUAGUAAUCUUGUGUUGUUGUUUAAUCGUACCUUGCAAAUCAUCUUUUAAACCCUGUGACUGUGGUUUCUUAUUGUGUAGUUAAAGUACAUCAUCCUAGUGAACUCCACAGCGAACUCUAGUGAAGAGAGUGAGGCUUAAUGAUGCCUAGUGACUUCUAAAGCCACACAGUUGUCAAGGGAGAUCCCAGUCCCUUAUUUCUUGUCCUAUUCUGACUCUUUCCAUGCUGCAGACACAUUCUCACUUGCCUUCAUGCUUCCAUCCCACUAGCAAUAAAAACAGUGAAACCAAAAA